AUGGAGAGCAUGGGAGGCCACCUUCAAGGAGUUCAUCAAGAGAAGUUCCUGGAGAACUCUUUUUCAACCCUCCUCUCUUGGUCCGCGGUACAGAAGAUGGGAGUCAAAUCUUGUCCUUUGUGCUCGUCGUCCGGGAUCGAAGACUCGCCAGAACUAGUCAAUCACAUUCUACAGCACACCUAUGAGUUUGCGCUCCGGUCUCUUCCUUGGCCACAGCCUAUUAUACACAAUCUCAAUCUACCACCAGGCGACUUCGAUCCAGCAGUGAAUUCGAGCUACGCAGAAGAGCUCCUCCUAGAGAACAUGGAAGAUAUUCAGAUAUAUAAUACAGAAGAUGGGCUGCGAUUGACCGCGGAAAAUCUCCAGAGACUCAACGUAGGAGGCACCCAUCAUUGGACUGCAGAGGGUCUCCAGCUAUGGAUCAACAAAGAAGUCCAUGAGCGUAAAGAACCUCCAGACCUACAAUUGACCGAUUACGAUAGAGCGGACCACGCUGCUACGGAAAGUACCGAGUUUCUUGAAUAUAGCAACUACUUUCUUACGAAUCAAUAUUUCGGUUAUGGAUCUGAUGAGGAUAAAUCUUCCAAGCCACAACAUGGUCGAAGCACUGGUUCCAUCACUGCAUCCACUGGCACCAACCGGAGCGCAUGGAAUGAGUUAGAAUCAUUAGAGAUGCGUAUUAUGACAGCGGUAGCAAAUGAGGUGGACGGCGAGGAGAGACUGCAAGUGCUGUUAAAGGGACAUGAAGGCCAUAUCACUGUCACGAAAGACAUAGUGAAAGCUGCGGCAGGCAACGAGAUAUGUGGCAAGCAAGUGAUGAGAUUACUCAUUAUCCAGCCAGUGAACAAUGUCACCAUCAAAGCGGACGCUGUGGCUUCCAUUGCCGAAACUUUUGAUGAGGAGAUGAUGGCGUUGCUCCUCAAAAAACGAGGAGAUCAUAUUAUUGUCACAGUGGAUAUUGUGAAAGCUGCUGCAAGAAACUUGAAGAAUGACGAUCAAGUGAUGGAAUUGCUCCUCGAGCAUCAAGCAAAGCUGAGAUCUAUCCAUAUGGAGGACGCUCCGUUUCCCAGCCUUGACAAAAAGCAGAUAGGCAAUCCUGGCAACCGAUCCAACCCGAGUCCUUCGAAGCCCCCCGGACUUCCUGACACAUUUACUAACCAGACCUUGCUUCGGCGCGUUAGUCAAUCCGAAGAAGAAAAGCCUGAUAGGAACUCACGGAAAUAUUCGCCUUCCACACUUUCUAGCCAGAAACCCAGCCAGGAUGCCAGCAGGAACCGGAUCGGUCUUGGCUCUCUCGAACUUGAUGCAAUUGAGCCAUAUUAUGUGAAAAGUGGCGAUGACUGGUAUGUCAUUUUUAAUCCUCAAGUGCAGCGUACUCUUGAUGUCGACGCGGUCCACACCCUCUUCCACGACAGUGCUGUCUGUUCUGUCCAAUUUUCUCCAGACGGAAGAUAUGUGGCUACAGGCAGCCUUAGGUUCGCUCGAAUUUUCGAUGUGUACACAGGUGAGGAGAUAUGCACACUAGAGUGCGAAACGAUCAAUAUCUCUGUAGAUAACUAUGUCCGGAGUGUUUGUUUUAGUCCUAAUGGGAAAUAUCUUGCUACUGGUUCUGAUGAUACGAUCGUCCGGGUUUGGGACAUUGCUACAAAAACUCUCCAUAAGCGCUUCCUUGGCCAUGAAAGGGGCGUUUACAUAUGUCAUUUCGCCCAUGAUGGACGUACUAUUAUAUCAGGAAGUCUUGAUAAGACUGUACGUCUUUGGGAUAUCAACACAGGUGUCAACACACUCACCCUGACCGCUGAACGCGGAAUCACAACCGUUGCCCUUUCCCCCGACUCUCAAUAUAUAGCGGCCGGGGGGUAUGAUCAAACUAUCUAUCUAUGGGAAGCUAUGUCUGGUCGCUUAGUUGAGUACUUGAAAGAUCCUGAUGGUCAUACAGAUGCCAUCUUUUCCAUGGCUUUCUUGUCAAAUGGCAAGGGUCUCGUCAGUGGCAGCUUGGAUCGCACUAUUAAGAUAUGGGAGCUUAGGUCUCCUCGCGGUGAACCUAACUCGGGGAAAGAGGGCAGUAAGUGCGUCGGUACUUUGCAGGGACAUAAUGACUUUGUUCUUUCUGUUGCUCUAUCGCCAGAUUCUCUUUGGGUGAUAUCAGGUUCGGAGGAUCGCAGUGCCCAAUUCUGGGAUUCCAGAACGGGUGAGGCUCAGUUUAUGGUUCAGGGACACACAAAUGCCGUUAUAUCAGUGGCGUCAAGUCCACGGGGUGGUUACUUUGCGACUAGUGGAAGAGAUAAAACAGCUCGUAUCUGGGCCUACUACCCAUACGGGGUUAAUAGCUAG